AUGAACCAAAUGAAAGCUUGCUCUAUAAAGCUGAAUGAUGGACACCUCAUGCCUAUGCUGGGAUUUGGCACCUCUGCUCCUAGUGAGGUUGCGAAGAGUAAUGUAGAAGAGGCUGUCAAGACAGCAAUCGAUGUAGGCUACCGCCAUAUUGACUCAGCUUAUUUGUAUCUAAAUGAAGAAGAGAUUGGGAGGGCCAUCCGGAAGAAGAUGGCCGAUGGCAUGGUGAAGAGAGAGGACAUAUUCUACACUUCGAAGGUGUGGGGAACCUUCUUCCGUCCAGAAUUGGUUCGAACCGGCCUGGACAUGUCCCUGAGGAAGCUUGGGUUGAGCUAUGUGAAUCUUUAUCUCAUUCAUUUCCCAGUAGCUUUGAAGCCUGGGGAGGAACUUUUCCCAAAGGACAAAGAUGGAGAAAUCAUUUUUGACACAGUGGAUUUCUGUGCCACAUGGGAGGCCAUGGAGAAGUGUAAGGAUUUAGGGCUGACCAAGUCCAUCGGUGUGUCCAACUUUAGCUGCAGACAGCUGGAGAUGGUCCUGAACAAGCCAGGGCUCAAGUACAAGCCUGUCUGCAACCAGGUGAGCCUCACCAGUCCGCCCCCCCCACGCCCCAACGUCUUCUCCCUCCUCAGCUUCCUCUUCCCUCAUUUCAACAAGGUCACCAGUGGCCUCUCCCUCCCCUCUAGAGAACGGAGUGCAUUGGUGAACAAGAACACCCCCGUUCUCCUGAAGGAUCCAGUGCUCAAGGCCAUUGCCGAGAAGCACAGGUGCACUCCUGCCCAGGUGGCCCUGCGUUUCCAGCUGCAGCGGGGAGUGGUGGCCUUGGCCAAGAGUUUCAACGAGAAGAGAAUUCGGGAGAACUUCCAGGUUUUUGAUUUCCAGUUGACACCAGAGGACAUGGAAACCCUGGACGGCCUAAACAAAAACAUUCGCUAUUUUACAGAUAUAUUUGUUAAGCAUCCAGAUUAUCCAUUUUUUGAUGAGAAUUGACAACAGUGUCUGGUUGCUCCAGAGUUCUUUGACUCUGGUUGAUGACUGGCAAACAACUCACCGAUGAGAAGGUAUCUCGUUUAUCCACGUUGCUUAGCCUGACAGGUUGAUAUGUGGCUUGAUUCCCCAGAUCUGGAAGUAAAAGUCUCUAAACCCAGUCUCCCCCUCCCCGCAAAAGUCAAGGAAAAUACAUUUCAAACAACCUAAC